AUGAGUAAUAUUGAUAAUCAAAAUGAAAUCAGUAAAUUACAACAACAUCUUGUUCUACUUCGUGAAGAAUAUGUUAAACUUCAACAACGUUAUAAAGCUUUAGAACGAAAUUAUAAUGUUCUUAAUUCAACAACAAAACUUGAUCAAAAUUCAUUUGUUUAUCGUUUACUUAAAACUGUUGCAGAAUUAUUUAAUCGUGAACUUUAUAGUGAUAUUACAAUUAAACUUGAUGGUGAAACUUUAUGUGGUCAUCGAUUUAUUUUAGCUGCACGUAGUCUUAAAUGGGAUCCACAACAAUUAGGUGAUGCAUCUGAACUUGAUUUAUCUGAUAUUCCAUAUGAUGUGGGAUUUCAAUUGAUUAAAUGGAUUUAUACAGAUGAAAUAUCUGAAAAACAGAAUGAAGAUUUUUUAUUAAAUUUAAUGAAAACAGCUAAACGUUUUGAAUUAAAAGAAUUAAUUGAUCAAUGUGAAGUUGCAUUAAUAUCAGCAAUAACAGUUCGAAAUUGUUUAAAAUUUUAUAAAGUAGCAGAAGAAAUUGGUGCACAAGUUUUACAAACUCAUUGUAGUCAGUUAAUUAGUGCACAUUGGAAUGAUUUUACAAGUGAAGAUUUUCAACAUUUACCUGCACCAAUGGCAUAUAAAUUAUUUAAACAAAAAACUAAAUAUCCACUUCAUCAAGCUGUACGCAUGAAACGUGAAGAUGUACUUUUUCUUUAUUUAAUUGAUAAUGAUGCAGAUUUAGCUGAGCGUGUUAAUGAACUUGAUGAUCAUGGUGAAUUAGCUCUUGAAUUAGCAUUAAAAACAAAACAAGAUAGUAUGGCAGAAAAUCUUGUUCGUCAUAAAGCAGAUAUUAAUCAUAUUGAUGCUGAAAAUCGAACAUUACUUCAUUUAGCUAUUAAACGAGGUGAUGAACAUUCUGCAACAUUUCUUAUAAAACAUGAAUGUUUACUUAAUCAUCAAACAAAUGUUGGACGUGAAACACCAUUACAUUUAUUAAGUGGUCUUAAUCCAGCUGAAUUAUUAACAGAUAUUAUGGCUGGAAUGUGUCGUGUAGCACAACUUAUGCUUGAACAUGGUGUUGAUACAAAAAAACAAGAUGCUAGAGGCAAUAAUUGUCUUCAUAGAGCAAUACUUUCUGAUAAUAUUCAUGUUUUUCGAGAAUUAUUAAAAGCAUCAAAAUUAUCAUUAGAUGAUAGAAAUAAAGAUGAUCAUGUACCACUUUGGCUUGCUCUUCAACAAGCUGAACAAUUGCAUAUUAGUUUUGAUCAAGAAACAUUUGCAAGUUUACUUGUUGAUCGUGGUGCUAGUGUUGAUGCUAUUGAUCCAAUAUCAACAUUAAGUGAAUCUUUAUUACAUAAAUGUGCUCGUCAUCAUUAUCAACAAGCUGGUCUUUAUUUAAUAAAAAAAGGUGCCAAAAUUAAUCAUGUUAAUAAACAAGGUGAAACAGUAUUACAUUUAACAUCACAAUUAGGUUUAGAACAAUUUACAAGAGCUUUACUUGAAAAUGGUGCUAAUCCAAAUAUUCAAACUCAUCAAAUAUUAUCAUCUGAUAUUGAACAAAAUUCUAAUAUUGGUCUACAAACACCAAUUCAUCGUGCUGUUUAUGCUUCACAAGAACGUAUACUUGAUAUUUAUAUACAAUUUCGUGAAAAAAUUACUGAUGAAAAUUUAAAACCAAAUUUUAAUAUUCAAGAUGAACAUGGUCAAAGUAUUUUUUCAUUAACAUUAUGGAUGAAUAUGUUAACAAUAGCUAAACAAUUAUUACAAAUUCGUCAUGCACAAUUAGAAAUAAAAGAUUGUGAACAAACACCAUUAUUAGCACAAGCUAUUAGUAAACAAAAUGUUCAAGCAGCUUUAUUUUUACUUGAACAAGGUGUUGAUGUUAAUGAAAAAACACAUGGUCUAUCUCCAAUACAACUUGCUGUUAAACAUCAUUUACCAUCUGUAGUUGAAGCACUUUGUCGUAAUGGUGCAAAUAUGAAUGUUGUUGAUGAAAAUGGUAAUAGUGUUUUAUGGAAUGCAUUAGAUUCCGGUCAAGAAGAUAUUGCUUCAAUACUUGUUAAAUUUGGUUGUGAUAGUACACAAUGGUCAAAUGGGCCUGAUAAUUGUCGACAAACUCUUUUACAUCGAGCUAUUGAUGAAAAUAAUGAAAGUGUUGCUUGCUUUCUAAUUAGAAGUGGUUGUGAUAUUAAUUCUCCUCGUCAACCUGGUGUAAACGAUGAAACACCUGAUAUAUGCAAAACUCUUGAAAGUCCAUUACAUCUUGCUUCUCAAUGGGGUCUUGAACGAGUUGUUUCAACAUUAAUUGAAUAUCAUGCAGAUAUAAAUAAAAAAGAUGCCGAAGCUAAUACUCCACUUCAUGUUGCAAUCAUUAAUCAACAUACAGCUAUAAUUAAUUUAUUACUUGGUGCACCAAGUUUAGAUUUAACAAUACGUAAUAAACAAAAUCAAACACCAUUUGCUUGUUCAAUGGUAGCAAAAAAUAAUGAAGCUGCUAAUCUUAUUUUAAAACGUGAACCACGAGCAGCUGAACAACUUGAUAAUAAAGGUCGAAAUUUUCUUCAUAUAGCUGUACAAAAUGGUGAUAUUGAAAGUGUUUUAUUUUUAUUAACUGUUCAAGUUAAUGUUAAUAAUCGUGUUCAAGAUUCUAGUCAAUUUACACCACUUCAUUUAGCUGUACAAAUAGGAAGUGAAAUUAUUCUUCGAAAUUUAAUACUUGCUGGUGCGAAUAUUAAUGAUGUUACAGCUAAUCGUCGAUCAGCAUUACAUAUUGCAGCAGAAAAUAAUCGUGGUGUUAUUUGUAGUAUUCUUCUUGAAAAUCAUAUACAUGCUAAUUUAACUGAUGCGAAUCAAAAUACUGCACUUCAUUUGGCUGUACAACAUGGUCAUUUAGAUGUUGUACGUUGUUUAUUAGUAGAAUCUGAUGUUGAUGUAUUAACAUUAAAUUCUAAAGGAAUGAAUUGUCUUCAUGUUUUAGCAGCUCAUCCUCAAGGAAAUGCUCAAGGCAUACUUGAGCAAAUUUUAAAAUAUCAUCCAACAUUUCCACUUGAUAUUCAAGAUGGACAAGGAAAUACAGCUCUUAUAUUGGCUUAUAAAAAUGGUCAUGGUCAAUUAUGUCGUGCUCUUGUAUCAGCUGGUGCUAAUUUAAGUAUUUGUAAUAAUGAUUCAUUCUCAAUAUUUACUAUACCUGCAGCAAGUAAAGCUUUACUUGUUAAUAUACUUGAUAUUAUUACGCGUGAACCUCCAUGGGGUGAAAGUGAGAUUUGUUUAGAAUGUGGAAUGAAAUUUACAAUCACAAAUCGAAGACACCAUUGUCGACAUUGUGGUCGAGUUUUAUGUAAACGAUGUUCUGUGAAUGAAUUACCAAUAAUGAAAUUUAAUUUACAAAAACCUAUAAUUAUGACUCGUCAUCGAUUUUCAAAAGAAGAAAUUUUAAUUUGUCGUCGUUCGUUAUUAGCAUGGUAUGAUACUAAUAAACGAAAAUUACCUUGGCGUGAUUGGCAUGAUACAAAUACAAAUAUUGUUGCUUAUCGAGUACUUGUUUCUGAAUUAAUGCUUCAACAAACUCAAGUCGCUACUGUUAUUCGAUAUUAUGAAACAUGGAUGAAGCAAUGGCCAGAUAUCAAAUCAUUAGCUGAAGCUACUGAAGAUGAUAUUCUCAAAUGCUGGGCUGGUCUUGGUUAUUAUAAUCGAGCACGAAAUUUACAUAAAUGUGCUCAAUUGAUUCUGAAUGAAUAUAAUGGCGAAUUUCCAAAUGACUUGGAUAUAAUGAUUAAUCGAUUACCUGGUGUAGGUCGUUAUACAGCAGGUGCUGUUAGUUCAAUAGCAUUUUGUCAGCCAAAUCCAAUUCUUGAUGGUAAUGUCAUUCGUGUUUUAUCACGCAUGCGAUGUAUUGGUAGUGAUCUAAAGAAAAAAUCUACAACUGACCAUCUAUGGUCUUUAGCAACUGAACUUGUAUGUCCAGAAAGACCUGGUGAUUUUAAUCAAAGUCUUAUGGAAUUAGGUGCUACAGUAUGUACACCACAAAAACCUAAAUGUACUAUAUGUCCAGUUCAAAAUCAAUGUUUAGCAUAUUUACAACAAAUUGAACAAACACCAAUUGAUAUUGAAGAAUGUUCGUCAAAUUGUGGAUUUUGUUUAAAAUCUGAAAAUAUUGAAUCUAAUCGUUCUCUUGUUGAAAAUUAUCCACGAAAAAAAGAUAAAAUUAAACAACGAGACGAAAUAUCAUUUAUUCUUAUAAUUUAUCGUUUAAAUCCUAAACUUGAAUUUUUAAUGAUUAAACAAAAACAAUCUGGUCUUUUAUCUGGUCUUUGGUCAUUUUUAGAAAUAAAUUCUUCAAAUGAUCUUGAUCAAAUGAAUGAACGCAAACGAAAAAUUUAUAUUAUUGAACAAAUACAACAUAUGACUAUAUUUAAUAAAACAAUCAGUAUUGAAAAUAUUAAAUUAGCUGGACAAUGUCGUCAUCUUUUUUCUCAUAUUGAUAAACAAUAUAUUAUUUAUUUUGCACAUUGUGAUCAAAAUGAAAUAUUAAUAUCAACAUCACAAAUGCAAUGGUUUAAUGAAGAACAACUUCAAACAUCAGCUAUUUCAACAGCUAUGAAAAAGGUAUUUAACACUGCUUUACCACAAAUUAAAUUGAAAACAUCCAAUGGAAAAAAAAAUGGAACUCUUGAUAAUUAUUUCAAGAAAAAAAAUACAUAA